AUGGCGACCCAUUCCGCUGUGGUUAUGGUCGGCGUCAAGAAGCCUCUGGAUAUUCAUCAAGUACCAACUGUGAAGCCGCAAGGCGACGAAGUCCGCGUGCGCGUCGAGUGGACUGCUUAUACGCCACUGGACCUGCAUCAGAACGACGGUGGACUGCUCGUAACCCACCCCCAACGCCUCGGCGACGGAACCGCCGGCACAGUCGUCGAAGUCGGGCCCUCCGCCCGCCGUCUCAAAGUCGGCGACAAAGUCUUCGGCUUCACAUGGCGCACCCCCCAGGAAAAGGCACACCAGGAAUUCUGCACGACAAACGAGUACUUGUUUUCAAAACUCCCUGAGGGCUUCACGCUGCAACAGGCCGUCACGUUGCCAAACAAUUUCGUGACGGUGUUCCACACUCUCACGGCAGAUCUGGGUAUCGAGACGCCGUGGCCAAAGCCUGAGGGAUAUGUACCGGAGAAUGCCAGCAACCCAAUCUUGGUGUGGGGUGGAGCGAGCAGUGUGGGCUUGUACGCGGUGCAGAUACUGAGGUACUACGGAUACACCAGCAUCAUCGCAGUAGCCUCGCAAAAGCACCACUCCAAGCUCCAAUCGCUGGGCGCAAAAUGGACCUUCGACUAUAAUGACCCGCACGUCGUGUCCCAGAUCCUCGACACCAGCGCCACCGGCAUCCCUAAGAUCCUGGACUGCAUCGGCAGCAAAGAAGGCAGCAUCAAGCCCAUUUCCAAGAUCGCGAAGGCAAGAUCGAAAGUCGCUAUCCUGCUACCCGUUAUCGUGCGGGAUUCAAGCGAGACAGAGGACCCUAUCUAUGAGAUGGACGUGCAGAAGGCGGCGGAGUGGGAGGAGGGCGUGGACGCGGCGGGCGUGCGGACGCAUUACUAUCUGCAGAAUGAGUUCUUCAAGGAGCAUUUGCAGCCGGACAUUAUGUAUACGCUGCUGAAGGAGAAGAUUGUGGAGCCAAAUCCGCAGAGGAUCAUUGAGGGAAAGACGUUGUUGGAGAGGGCGCAGAAGGCUAUGGAUGCGCUGAGGAGGAAGGAGGCUAGUGGGGAGCGGCUGGUGUGGAGGGUAUCUGAUGAGGCGUGA